AUGGCGCCGAAGGCAAAGAAGGAAGCCGUUGUCCCCCCCAAGACAGAAGCCAAGUCCAAGACCUUGAAGGCCAAGAAGGCAGUGUUGAAGGGUGUCCACAGCCACAAAAAGAAGAAGAUCCAAACAUCCCCCACUUUUCAGCAACCCAAGACACUAAGACUUCGAAGGCAGCCCAAAUACCCUCGGAAAAGUGCCCCUCGGAGAAACAAGCUGGAUCACUAUGCCAUCAUUAAGUUCCCCUUGACCACUGAGUCUGCUAUGAAGAAGAUUGAGGACAACAACACCCUAGUCUUCAUUGUGGACAUCGAAGCCAACAAGCAUCAGAUAAAGCAGGCGGUAAAGAAGCUGUAUGAAAUCGAUGUGGCCAAGGUCAACACACUGAUAGGGCCUGAUGGAGAGAAGAAGGCCUAUGUCCGACUUGCUCCAGGCUAUGAUGCUUUAGAUCUUGCCAACAAAAUUGGAAUCAUCUAA